CCCGCCCCCUCGGCACGCAGGCUCCGCGCGAACUCGCGCACGCGCGCGCGCGCACUCUUCAGAGCCUCACUCUGGCCAGCGGGAACUGACGGGCGGAGGCUGGGCUGCUGAAGUAAGAGGGGCGGAGCCCGGGUCUCCGCCGCCGCCGCCGCCGCCGCCGCUGCCGCCAGAGAGGAGCAUGUCUGCAACUCGAGCCAAGAAAGUGAAGAUGGCCACCAAAUCAUGCCCCGAGUGCGACCAACAGGUACCUGUUGCAUGUAAAUCUUGUCCCUGUGGUUAUGUAUUUAUUAAUAGGAAACCUCUAAAAAUAAAACACUCAGAGAAAUCAUCACCUUUUACAGAAGUGAACAAUACCAUGUCUUCGAAAGAUUUACGAAUACUUUUUUUAUAUGAAUUUAAACUAGGACAUAGUGCAGCCACGGCAAGUAGAAACAUCAAUUCUGUCUUUGGAGAAGGCUCUGUUAGUGAAAGGACUAUCCGAUGGUGGUUUGAAAAAUUUCGUUCUGGGGAUCUGAGUCUGAAAAAUGAGCCUCGAGGGAGACCCAAAUCUGUUUUAAAUGAAGAUCAGUUGAGAGCCAUGGUGGAAGCUAACCCCAGAACAGCAAUUCGAGGUCUUGCAGCAGACUUAGGAGUUUCUGCUACAACAAUUUCUCGACACCUGGCUGCAAUAGGAAAGGUGAAAAAAUUGGACAAGUGGGUAGGUACCACACCAGUUAAUGGACUAUCAUAAACUCAGAUGGUUAGAGGUAUGCUCAUCCCUUAAGAUUUGAAACAGAGACAUAUUUUGGAGAGGAUCAUAAACUCUGAUGAAAAAUGAAAUUGAAAGUGGUUGGGGCAAUGGUUGGAUUUUGAUGAAGUUCCCGAAUGUGUUCAAACAAUCACUGCAACCAAAAAAGGUUCUGGUAAUGUUUGGUGGUCUACAAAGAGUGUUUCAUUACCGCUUUUUAACCCAGGUAUAACUAACAGUAGCAUCUUACUGUCAAAAAGUUGAAAUUAUAUAUCAAAAAAGGUGAUCUAAAAGCACUCUGUAUUGGUUAGCAGACAUGGACCUAUACUGUUGCAUGACAACAUUUGACCACAGAAAUUACAAACCAUCAUAGAGAAGUUAACUGAAUUGAACUAAGAAAUUUUCCCACAUUCAUCAUAUUCACCUGACUUUUUUUCAACCAAUUACCACCUUUUCUGUCAUUUGGAACUCUUUCUGAGAAACAAAACUUUCUCCAAUUGAGAAGCAGUAAUUGGAGGAUUUGAAUAAACAUUAACAAUGCUGAAUUUUAUAAAUAUGGUAUAUGCCAUUUAAUAUUUGGGGAAAGCAGUUAAUGCUAACAGUGCAUACUUUGGUUGAAUAAAGCUUUUCAUUUUCUCCAAAAUAUUUAACAUUUUCAUUUGACCCAUAAAAAGGCAA